CUAUAUAAAUCAACAAUACAGCAUCUCGGUUUGUUAUCCUUUCAACAUGGCUUCUUCAACUUCUUCUUCUCCCAACAAAGUGACCCUCAAACUUCUCAUUGACACUAAAAAUGACAAAGUUCUGUUCGCUGAAGCUUCCAAAGCUGUGAUAGAUUUUCUCUUUAACUUGCUUCGCUUGCCUGUCGGUACAGUAGUUAAACUACUGACCAAAAAUGGCAUGGUUGGUAGCAUAGGUAACCUCUAUCAUAGUGUUGAAACUCUGUCUGAUAAUUAUAUGGAACAAAACCAAACUAAGGAGGAACUCUUGAACCCAAUAGCUCCUGUCUCUUCUGCUGGAAUUGCUGGCUUUCUUCCCGCAAAUGAUGCAGAUGCCAAUAACAUCGUAGGAGAUGAAGUAACUUUGUACUAUAGAUGCUUAAACAGGUGUGCUUAUGUCACAUGUGAUAGCUCAACUCGUUGUAUUAAUUGCAGUCAAGUUAUGGCCUAUCAAAUGGAUUAUAUUGGAAAGAAGGCUGUCCGAAAGAACAUUUCGACUGCGAAUGGUUUUGUGAAAGAUGUUGUGACAUUUAUGGUGAUGGAUGAUUUAGUCGUUCAGCCAAUGUCAACAAUAUCAAGCAUUACUUUGCUGAACAAAUUCAAUAUCAAGGAGGUUGGUGCGUUGCAGGAAAAGGUUGUUGAGAUGGGAAUGGAUGAGGGCAUCAAGUUACUUAAAGCUUCUUUGCAAUCCAAGACUGUCCUGACCAGUGUUUUCAUCAAGAAAGAUGUUUGAAGAAGUAUUUUAUGUUUUGUUUUAAGUCUUUAAACUCUUAAGAGGUCAAUGUAUUUUGGUUUUUAUAA